GCGUUUUCUCGCGAUAUUUCAGCACAACAACAGGAAGUGGAGCGGUGUUUGUUUUGCACAUUAGUUGGAGCAGAAACUGAAGAUGGAGUCUUUCUCGUUGUGUCUGAGUUUCUCCGUGUUUCUGUGCUGUUCCGCUUCGGCUUUCGACGGAGCUUUAGGCAGCACAGCGUCCUGUCACACAACCUGCCGAAUGACUUACAGCCUGCACACGUACCCGCGGGAAGCCGAACUGUUCGCCUGUCAGAGAGGAUGCAGACUUUUCUCCAUCUGCCAGUUUGUCGGUGACACCGAACAUCUGAAUCAGACGAAAUCCGAGUGUGACUCUGCUUGUAAUGAAGCUUAUGAUGGAGCAGAUGAACGGUUCGCCUGCGGUCUCGGCUGCCAGGGGCAACUUCCCUUCGCCCAGCACAGACAGGAGCAGCUGUUGGCCAUGAUGCCCCGAAUCCACCUCCUUUACCCCCUGACACUGGUGAGGGGAUUCUGGGAGGACAUGAUGAACCAAGCCCACGAGUUCAUUACAUCGUCAUGGACGUUUUACCUGCAAGCAGAUGACGGGAAAGUUGUUGUUUUCCAGACAGGGCCACAGGUCCAGUUUGUGUCUCAGUUUGACCUGCAGGGGGAGGAGCUUAAGAAGGAGCCUCAGAGUUCAGAUUUUGAGAUGAAUGAGCCGGUUUACAGUGAAUACAGUAGGAGCUCCUUCCAGGAAAGACUUGAUGUCAUGGAUCACGAUCAGAUCUUCUCACAAGAUGACUACAACUUCCUCGGCUGUCUCUCCAGGAGCCCGUGGUUGCCUGGCUGGAUUUUGAUCACUACUCUGCUUCUGUCAGUUCUGGUCCUUAUUUGGAUCUGCUGUGCUACGUUGGCCACUGCUGCAGAUCAGUUUGUCCCUGCUGAGAAGCUGAGCAUUUAUGGAGACCAGGAGUACAUGAAUGAAAAGAACCUGAAGCCAUACCCACAGUCCUCUCUGCUGAUUGUCAGCUCUUUGGUGAAGGAGGAUGAGGCUGAAGCACUUCCAUCUAAACUAAACAUGGAUCUGACCAAAGUAUAAAUGUUUAGGGUUUGGGGAGAGUGUAAUAAAGGUGGUGUUCAUGUCUUCAUUUUACAGCUUCAGUCAAUUUCCUCAGCACAUAAUGCUUUUAUUAGUGUUUUUGGGGGGUGGGGUUUGUAGGGGUGGUGGUGGACGUGUGGUGAUAUUUAAAUGGUCUUGGGGUCAUACACUAUUGUAAGUUUUGUGAUUGCAUUUCUUUCCCUGAUGAUGUUUAGUUCAGGUUCACAGCCUUUAGUUUCUCUUCUCCACUGACACGGAUCUGCUGAAGGGAGUAAAAGGGCACUGUGUAUUUAUGGGUGUGUGAAAGUAACCAUAGCAACAGUCUGACACCAGAGAGUCUGUGGGAAAGUGAUGAUGAUGAAACUUAACUAAGGGUUUUAGUGUUCAGUGAUGAUGUUUAUUACAAUCCAUACAGGUUGCUGGUUAGAUUCAAUCACAAUAAGGUGUCAUUUGAAAAAACUAAAACAUGCAAUAAAGCUUUUUGUCUGUUGUUGUAA